GGUUGUCUCCAACUUUUACCAUCUACCAGCUUGCAUCUUCUCCAGCAGAAGAACUUCUCGGUCUCGGUUCUCCAUUGUUCUCGCUUCUCCAUUGAAAAUGUGUGAAACACGGGAAAACUGACUCAAAACUGUGCCAUUUCUCUGGCAGUUCCCGCUGGCACAGUUCCCAUUAUGAUUGUUAUAUAAAAAUCCAUUAGCCGAUCCAUUUGCCAGCGACCCCCAGAACUCGUUCGCCUAUCAAGGACACAGAUCUCUUUCACUGGCGGCCGUUCUGGUGGUGGUGGUGGUGAGUCAUCUCGACCAGACAGGCCCAUAAACUGCGGCGGCUUCUAGUAAAAGUGGAGCAGAGCAAUAAUAGGAAAUGUAAGAAGAAAAGAGCCGGGCCAGCUUAAAAAGUGAAUAAGAAACUGUCAUGCUUUCAUUGGCAACAAAAGCGCCAGCGAUAUUUAGCCCAUUUCGAUGGGCGUUUUGAAGUGAUCCUCCGUGCAAAUUGUGACCCCGAAAAAGAGCAAGUUACUUCAAGAUGCAGUUGGUUUUUUGGUUGUUUAUAAUCCUCCUGAUCUUCUGCCAUCUCAGCCAAAGUCAAGCAAACAUCCUAAACACUCUGCUGGGCGUGCCGGCGGAGUGCGUCCACCAGAGCGGCGUCUGGCCCUGCAAACUGAGCUUUUCCUGCUGGCUACAAGGCGGCAAGCAUGCCAAGGGCUGUGGCAGCAACAAGUGGCUCUUCAGCUGCUGCGUGGCCGAGCCCCAUCACCAGCACCUGCUGCACCACCAGAGCCAGCAGCAAUCAUCCUCACCGCUGGCAAAUCUCGUCGACUACGGCAAGCUGAAGCUGAAUCUCAACCUGAACGGUCUGCCCAAACGCAUCAUGCUGCGCCGGCGCGACGAUAACGAGUUGCUGAAUCUCAAGCCCGAGUGCGGUGUGCCAAGAACGGCUCAGAAUACCCUGCAGAAGCGCAUCAUUGGCGGUCGCCCGGCCCAGUUUGCCGAGUAUCCGUGGCAGGCCCACAUCCGGAUCGCCGAGUACCAGUGCGGCGGAGUGCUAAUCUCGGCCAAUAUGGUAGCCACCGCCGCUCACUGCAUCCAGCAGGCACAAUUAACGGACAUUACUGUCUACCUGGGCGAACUGGACACCCAGGAUCUGGGCCACAUUCACGAGCCGCUGCCCGUGGAGAAGCAUAGUGUGCUGCAGAAGAUCAUUCAUCCGCGCUUCAACUUCCGCAUGACACAGCCGGACCGUUAUGACCUGGCCCUGCUGAAGUUGGCCCAGCCGACGGCCUUCACGGAGCACAUCCUGCCCAUCUGCCUGCCGCAGUAUCCCAUCCGGUUGAUCGGACGCAAGGGACUGAUUGCUGGUUGGGGUAAGACAGAGGCCCAUAUGGGCCAUGCGGGCACCAAUAUGCUGCAAGUGGCCAGUGUCCCCAUCAUAACCACCCUGGACUGCAUUCGCUGGCACGAGAGCAAGCAGAUCAAUGUGGAGAUCAAGGCGGAGAUGUUCUGUGCCGGCCACUCCGAUGGCCACAUGGAUGCCUGCCUGGGCGAUUCCGGUGGACCACUGGUGGUCAAGGAGCGUGGACGCUUUGUGCUGGUGGGCAUAACCAGUGCCGGCUUUGGCUGCGGAGUAGAUCAUCAGCCAGGCAUCUACCACAACGUUCAGAAGACUGUGAGGUGGAUACAGGACGUGGUGGCGCGCAAUGAGUCGUAGCUGAUAUGUUCCCCCGGACUCCCAACCAUCUCGAAAUGCAACCCAUCUCAUUAGUUUACGGCUCGUAGCAUUAUUAGGCAAUGGAAAUGUGCA